AUUCAUGACAAGAACCUUAGUCCCUUCACUAAAAUUAAAAAAAAAAAAAAAAAAAAAAAAUGGUGUUAGGUUUAGAAUCGGCGGUGUUCCAAGAAGAUAAGUUGAUUGGUUGUGGAUGGAAGAAUGUGGAAGCAAUGGAAGCAGGCAAAGUUGGUGGCGGAGGAUUGAGGGCCACCGUUGCUCCAGUGGGGAAGCGAUGGGGGCGUAGGGGGAAGAUGGUGAAGAAGAGGGAGGAGAUUGAGAAGCAAAGAAUGGUACACAUAGCGGUUGAACGCAAUAGGAGAAAGCAAAUGAAUGAGUAUCUGUGUGUGCUGAGAUCCAUGAUGCCUUCUUCUUACACCCAAAGGGGAGAUCAGGCGUCAAUCGUGGGAGGGACCAUCAAGUUCGUGAAGGAGUUAGAACAGCUUGUGCAGUGGUUAGAGGGAAAGAAGCAAAGGCAUGAACAUAUUUGUUAUUCCGGCCAGGAUUAUUCAGGGGAAUCGAAGGUGGAGGUGAGGGUGAUAGAGAGGUACGCCAAUAUAAAAAUGAGGGCGGAGAAUCGGCCGAAACAGCUUCUAAAAGUGGCGCUGGAAUUGCACUCUCUUCAACUUUUGAUUCUUCACGUCAACGUCACUACCAUUCGCCAAAUGGUUUUUUAUUGUUUCAGCGUGAAGAUUGAAGAUGAAUGUGAACUGAACACUGUGGGUGAGAUUACUGCAGCUGUCAAUCAAAUGUUCCAACGGAUCCUUGUGGAAAAGGGUGACUAGUUUCGAUGCCAAUAUAUAAUUUCAAUGUUAUAGCCUUUUCUUUAAGUUUUAAUCUCAUUAAUGCCCGUUUUGCAACGCUCUAAUGAUGAUUUCCAAUAUUAAGACACUAGCUCUUUUCCAUUA